CUAGCAAGGCCCCUACCCAGCCCUGGAGGGUCGCAGAGUUGCUGACGUUCCUGGAGGUAGUCGUUGUGAACCUUGUAGCUGAGAUGAGGAAACAGGCCCAGAGAGGUAACGUCACAUCAUUUUCCAAGAUCACACAGCUGAGCACUGUGAAAGGCAGAAUUAAAACCGAAGAUUUCCUGCUUCCAGUCCAGGCCUGUGUACUCCCCACCUGUCUUGUGUGUGUCACAUUUGAAAUGAGUAUUGUGGAAAGAACAAUUUUAAGAGUCAGGAGGACUUGGGUUAGGGACCUCAACUUAUAGAUGAAGAAUUGAGUCUCAAGGAGGAAAAUUCACUAUUUGAGGCCACCCAGGCAAGGCAUCAUGGUAGGAGGGUUGAAGAGAAAACACUCAGACUUGGAGGAGGAAGAGGAAGAUGAGAAGUGGGACUGGGGUCCGGCAGGCCUUCGAAGCUACCAGCAAGCCCUGCUGCGCAUCUCCCUCGACAAAGUCCAGCGAAGCCUGGGCCCCCGAGCACCCAGCCUUCGCAGGCAUGUCCUCAUCCACAACACCCUCCAGCAGCUCCAGGCCGCACUUUGUCUGGCUCCAGCACCUGCCCUGCCCCCUGAGCCUCUCUUCCUGGGUGAGGAGGACUUCUCCCUGUCGACCACCAUCGGCUCUAUUCUCAGGGAGCUAGAGACUUCCAUGGAUGAGACUGAGCCCCCUCAGAAUCCAGUGGCCCCCCUGGGCCCCCAGAAUGAAGUGCUGCCCCAGCCCGAUCCAGUCUUCUUAGAAGCUCUGAGCUCCCGAUACCUGGGGGACUCUGGUCUGGAUGACUUUUUUCUGGACAUUGACACAUCCACAGUGGAGAAGGAGCCUGCACUGGCCCCACCGGAGCCUCCACACAACCUCUUCUGUGCCCCAGGGUCCUGGGAGUGGAAUGAACUAGAUCACAUCAUGGAAAUCAUUCUGGGAUCCUAAAACUUUGAUUUGGGGUGGGGUGGGGAUGCUCCCUUCACAUCUCAGCCUCAGUGGGCUGGAUCCCAGGGUGCAACCCUGUGUGUGUGUGUGUGUGUGUGUGUGUGUGUGUGCGCGCGCGCGCGCUCCUGUGUGUUUUGGUGGGGGCUCUUCCUCGCCUCCCAUUUCAGGGUUCCACAAACAGUCUUGCAUGUGUGCGUGUGUCUGGUUACCAUAGCCUUCUGUGAAGGUGGGUCUUCCUGAAUUAAUUUAUCUGUUCCAAAUGCCUUAAUGAGACCCUGUUUCUGGGAGUCUGAUUUCCCACUUCCGCAUUUCUUCUGUCUUGCCCUCCAGUUCCUACUCCCCUUGUGACCACUGGGGCCUCAGGGAAGAUAAGCUGGGCCUGUCAAAUGAUGACUGGGGUGGACUGCCUGGUUGCUAUGGAAACCCAGGCUCUGCCUCUUUUACCUCCAGGGAAUAGGAGGGGCUGGCCUCCUCCCCCCAGGCAGAACCCCACCUUGUUGGUGGGACCCCAGUCCCAGCAGCCUCCUGAUUCAUAACCAGGCCGGACCACGUGCAAUAGGGUGGAAACCAAACUGCUCCAUGCCACAUUAUUUAAAAGAAAGGUGGGUUUUGUGGUGGUUUUUUUGAUUGUAAUUAUUUUUUUUUUAAUAAAAAUAUUUUGGAAGGGA